AUGCUGCGGUGGCUUCUGGUCUUCUCUGCUCUGGGUCUCGGAGCCUGGGGCGAUGCCCCCUGGGAGGAGACGCAAGAUAAGCUCAGGUCGGAGUUGCUUCAGUACGCACUUAGCAACAUCUCCCAGCUCAUUGAAAAAGUCAGACCGGUUCUCAAUGAUGUCUCCACCAUGGUGUCGCACAAGGAGUGGGGAGCUGAAGAGGUGGGCUGCAGCACCCAGCUGGCUCGGCCAGUGGACUUUCUUGUCACACACCACAUACCCGGACUGGAGUGUCACAACCAGACCACGUGUGGCCAGAGGCUGCGGGAGCUGCGGGCCUACCACAUGCACAACAACAGCUGGUGUGGCCUGGCCUACAACUUCCUGGUGGGAGACGACGGCCGGGUGUAUGAAGGUGUGGGCUGGGACAUCCAAGGCCUGCACACCCAGGGCUACAACAACGUCUCCCUGGGGCUCGCCUUCUUCGGCACCAAGGAAGGCCACAGUCCCAGUCCUGCCGCCCUGUCAGCCAUGGAGGGUCUGAUCUUCCACGCGAUGCUGAAGGGCCACCUGUCUCCCAUGUUCGUUCAGCCACUUCUUGUGAAAGGCGAGAAUUGCCUGGCCCCUAAGCAGAAGGCACGUCCCAAGAAAGCAUGUCCCACUAUUGUCCUGAGGCCUGCUUGGAAGGCUAGAGAGACCCACUGCCCCAAACUGAGCCUCCCAGCCAAGUACGUCAUCAUCAUCCAAACUGCGGGGAGAACCUGCCACAUGUCUGAUGAGUGCCAUCAGUUAGUCCAAGACAUCCAGUCCCUCUUCAUGGACAGAUACAGCACCUGCGACACUAGAUAUAACUUCCUUGUGGGCCAGGAUGGUGUCAUUUAUGAAGGAGUGGGUUGGAAUGUCCAAGGCUCCCACACUGAUGGCUACAAUGACAUUGCCCUGGGCAUUGCCUUCAUGGGCACCUUCUCAGGUGUCUCGCCCAAUGCCGCAGCGCUGCAGGCAGCCCAGGACCUGAUCGAAUGUGCUGUGGACAAGGGGUACCUGACUCCCAGCUACCUCCUGGUGGGGCAAAAGGAUGUGGUCAAUACCCUGUCUCCUGGGCAGGCCCUGUACGACAUCAUUAAGUCUUGGCCUCAUUUCAAACACUGA